GAGCCGCGGCGGCCGCGCUGUCUGCUUCUCCUCCUCUUUCAAGAGCGCUAAGGCCUGAGACCAGAUUGGGGGAUGUGAAAGCCGAAGCUCCUCGACUGCCAGGUACCGAGGCCGGUCGGGAUUUGCCAACCGGGCUCCGGCUCCAAUCCUGCAAGAUCGGGACGCACCCCGAGCGACCCAGGCCCGACGGCUGCCCCGCACGCCCAGACUUGGCUUCGCUGCGCGCCCAGAAGAUGAAUCCGGCCUCAGCGCCCCAUCCGCUCCCACCGCCCGGGCAGCAAGUGAUCCAUGUCACGCCGGACCUAGACACGGACCUCGAAGCCCUCUUCAACUCGGUCAUGAACCCCAAGCCCAGCUCGUGGCGGAAGAAGAUCCUGCCCGAAUCGUUCUUCAAAGAGCCUGACUCCGGCUCGCACUCGCGCCAGUCCAGCACCGACUCUUCCGGCGGCCACCCGGGGCCCCGGCUGGCCGGCGGCGCCCAGCAUGUCCGCUCGCACUCGUCGCCCGCGUCCCUGCAGCUGGGCACGGGCGCGGGCGCAGCGAUCAGCGCAGCGCAGCAGCACGCGCACCUCCGCCAGCAAUCCUACGACGUGACUGACGAGUUGCCGCUCCCCCCGGGCUGGGAGAUGACCUUCACGACCACUGGCCAGAGAUACUUCCUCAAUCACAUAGAAAAAAUCACCACAUGGCAAGACCCUAGGAAGUUGAUGAAUCAGCCCCUGAAUCAUAUGAGUCUCCACCCUGCCACCACUUCCACACCAGUGCCCCAGAGGCCCAUGGCCGUGUCCCAGCCGAAUCUCGUGAUGAGUCACCAGCACCAGCAGCAAAUGGCACCCAGUACCCUGAGCCAGCAGAACCACCCUACUCAGAACCCAGCAGCUGGGCUCCUGAGUAUGCCCAACGCGCUGACCACUCAGCAGCAGCAGCAGCAGAAACUCCGGCUUCAAAGGAUCCAGAUGGAGAGAGAGAGGAUUCGAAUGCGUCAAGAGGAGCUCAUGAGGCAGGAAGCUGCCCUCUGUAGACAGCUCCCCAUGGAAGCCGAGACUCUGGCCACGGUUCAGGCUGCUGUUAACCCCCCCACCAUGACUCCAGACAUGAGAUCCAUCACUAAUAAUAGCUCAGAUCCUUUCCUCAAUGGUUUAUCAGGACCAAGUUCUGCCAAAAUUGGAUUAGGUGAUUACAUGUGCUUAGGGGAGAACGCAGGGCAGACACCCAUGAACAUCAAUCCUCAGCAGACCCGUUUCCCUGAUUUUCUGGACUGUCUCCCGGGAACCAAUGUGGACCUUGGAACUCUGGAAUCUGAAGAUCUGAUCCCCCUCUUCAAUGAUGUAGAGUCUGCUCUGAACAAAAGCGAGCCCUUUCUGACCUGGCUGUAGUCAGUAUAUUGUAACCUGUGUGCAGCCAUGACCUGACAUUUCCUGGGCCUCUUGGGAAAAGCGAUGGAGCAGAGCAAGUCUGCAGGUGAACCGCUUUCUGCCCCCAUGACUCAUGCUCCCUCCUUUCCAUGUGGCCAGUUUAAUCAUUGCCUGGAUUUGAUUGAUAGUAAACUAAGUUAAACAUAAAUAAAUAUUCUAUUUUCAUUUUCUGCAAGCCUGCAUUCCUGUGGUGGGUUAUGCAGAAUUGCGUUCCUGUUUUUCUCUCUGUAGCCCCAUGACUAAGCUUUAUGGGUGUUAAUUGAAAUUUUUACAUCAAUUGAUUAUAAACCAUAAAAAGUUGACCACAGGCAGUGAUUUCUGACAGGUGGCUCGGUCCAGGAAAUGUAUACAAAAUCAGACCUGAUUUACAGUUUUAAAGCUAUUGAUGACAAUAGUACCAAAUGCUUUAAAUAUUUACCUGAACUUUAAAAAUCAUCAUAUAGAUAGUAAAAUUUUGCUGUAUGGAAUACCAUGUAGUGCUGAAUCCAUCCUGGUUCUGAUGAUUCUUAUUACUCUGUAUUUACAAAGUCACACACAGUCCUCUUGUAGUUUAUGCUCCAUCAUUUUGGGCAUAGCAUCUGCAUAGCUAGUCCUUCCAGUGGGAGAGUGGCGGCAGCAUGCCUUAGUCCCUAUGCUGCGGAUCUUAUGAAUGACACCCGUUUGCUACUAAUUAUGAGCAUUUAUUAAAACAUUUAAAAUUACAAGUUAUAUUUUUUAAAAAUUACUGCUUAGAAAUUGAUGUUUAUUUUAUGAAGCACUAUAUUUUGUAGCUGAUGACAAAGGGCAGGCAAAUAUUUUUGAUGAAUCAGUGGCAACUGCAUUUUUGUCUUUUGAAAUUGUUCUGAAACCAUCAGAACACAUAGCUUUCAGUCCAAUGGCAUACACAGCAAGCUGUUGCUUUUUAAAUUCUGAAGCCUUGUCAGUUUUGCUUUUAAGAUUUCAAGUUUUAAAAUAGUCUUAUCUAUGAAACUGUUUGAAGGAUGAAGCAGAUCUCUGACUGACAUUUAAAAAUAUGUCCUCUAGAUGGUGUGUGAUGGAGGCAUAUGUUUCUGAAUUCAUUAAAAGUGAUUCCUAAGUAUAUUAUCCUAAUCCUUUUGUUACAGUUGGUAUAAAAAGGCAUGAAAUAUGUACUCAAUACCUCUUAUGUAACCAAAAAAUGUUUUUUUAUUAGCUUUUAAGGACUGAGAGAGUGCAUCGGGUUCACCUGGCAUGCACUCUGUCUGCCAAUGAAGUCCUCAACUGUUUAGUGUUUUCAACUGACGUUAUUUAUAAUAUAUGAAUUUAAUAUCUUUUUUAAAAGACAAUAAUUGAGGUCUCUGGGAGGAACCUUUCAAUUCCCAAGGGGACUUAUUCAUUUGGGAUCUUAAAUGAGAUCCUUUUGAUCUAUCAGAAUAUAGAUGGGCAGAGUACCUUUUAUCUUGUUGGAAAGAAGGCACGUGGAAAGGUCAGAGAUUAAGUAGUAAAGUUAUGGAAUAUAGUGGAAAGGAUACCAGUUGUGAAAUGAAAAUAGACAAGUUAUAGUACCCCAAAAGCAAGACAGGCAGAAGGUAUGAGCAGUGCACUCCCAAAACAGAACAACAAUUUUCGACUACAAACUUUAUACCAAAAGACUGUUGUAGAAGAAAAGAAUGCUUUCGUGCACUUUAUGUGGCGGGGGAGGGGCAAGGAUGGAGCCCUGUUCAUGCUGAUGCUGAGCAGCAGGUGGACAGGGCAUGAGCCUGCUGUGCUUCCUACACAAUGCAGCGAUUUCUUUUUCCUGAAGGACCCGUGAUUUAAGUUCCUUUUAUUUCUUCUCUCUCCAAGUCUCCGAGAGAGAUGGGGGUGAUGUUUAUGUUGCUACUAAAUUGAAGGAAGCACUAUUUCUUUUUCUCUUGUGUUAGCAAUAAUUGCAAAAAGAGUUGUACAUUCUAAGAAAGAAAAAAAAAAAAAAAAAAAAAAAAAACAAGGGACCUAACAAAACUGAGCAGUGUUACUGUAUUUUUAAAAAAUAUUUUUAUAGACUCAUUUUCAGGUUAUUAAGUGUAAAAGAAACAGAUACCCCUCUUUUUUUCCUAAAGUAGUUAAAACAUCGAUGAUUUGUAUUAUCAAUUUUUAGAAAUAAUUUCCUAAUAAGCUUGUGGCAUUAGAAAAUACUAGAAUUUUUUAAGUGAAAUUAGUUGAAACAUUUGUUAAUGAACAUAACAAACAUUUUUUUCAGAAUUAAACAUGGACUCUGACUAUGUGCUUACUAAUAGAUAAAGCCAGAUAUAAUUUUUUGUGUUUGUUUUUAAGGCCAUAAAAUAUGGCUUUUGUUAAAGAACACUAAAGCUAGAAAUCUAUGUAAGAACAGCUUUUUAAAGGCUACUUCCUAUUAUUAUGAGUGUUAAAACCCCUGCAGAAUCAUGAUAAGGUGCUAUUUAUACUGUUUUUCUUAUUAGAAAACAACCACCAGGAUAUCUAGUCUUUUUAGUUCUACAUCCAUCAACUUUAACAUUUCAUUCAGUAGUUUUGCCAUAGAAAAGGCAUAUUAAAAUUGAAAUAGGAAAGUAAUUUCAUGUAUCUUUCUUUCUAGGUCCCCCCCCCCCCCCAUUAAACACAUUUUUUUGAAGUAAAUACAUUGUUAAAACCUAUUUGCAACUCCAUUCAAUCUAAGUAAUUCUUAGUGUUUCACCUUAUAUUAGGAUGUGAAAUGCCAUCUCUUUCACUGAUUACACAGUCAACCAGAAGCACAUAAAACAGGAAAAAAAGACAGUAUGCCAAGGGGCUAUUCCCAGUUUGGCAGAAAAGCUCUCAGUAGAAGAAGGUGAUCUGAGUGAUAGGAGUAUAGGAGUGUUGCUAAUUACGAGUUGUUUUCUCAUGAUAGAAUUAGGAAGUAACUUCUGAAAGUACAACUUCUAUGAAAAAAAGAAAUUAUAGGUUAGUUUAAUUGGGAAAAUGGACCAUUGACAGAGACUGUUUCCCUAACACACUACAUCAUUUCUGUGCUAGUACUUUAACUUUUUACAAACUUUACUUCUACAUUUUAUAAUGUGUUUAAUUUUAAUUUAGAAUGCUAUGUGUACAGAGAGUAUGCAGCCAAAUCAGGCAGAUCAAACCAUUUUACCUGGACUUUGGUACUAGUUUUUACUUCUCUGAUUCUGUAAAAGAAAAAUAAAUACAAUUGAGUUUCCA